UCAAUUCCUGAUUACUUGUGCCGUUGAUCGUCUUCCUCAUUUGCUUUGAAAUCAGGAGAAUUACAGAUUGAAAAUAUGGAAUAUGAUUUCAGGAACACGGCCACACCGUACGAACCGCAGUCCCUCCGGCCAGCUACGUCGUCGUCGGCCUCUUCCGCUCAUCCGAUGUACGGACCUUCCACUCACUAUCCUAGGAUCGGUCAAUCCGGUCACUCCCUUCAACAACCUACCAACGCUCGCACAUCUUCUGUUCAUCACAACUCUUCUUCCCCCGCCUCCGCAGGUUUAGGGAUUAGAGUUGCUUUGAAGCAGGAGUAUCGAAUUACCCCUCCUCCUCAGUUAUUCCCCAAAUUUGGAGAUAUUCCUCGAAGUACAUUUCAGUUUGACUUUGAUCUUGAGAGGAAGAUAUUAGCUGAAUUAGAGAAGGAAACACAGAACUGGAGCAAGCUUGGCCUGGAAAACAUCUCAUCUAAUAAUAAUACUGCAGCAACAUCAUCUAUGGGUUCUGUUACUGAUAAUCCUGUUAUUAGCAAAUACAUAGCAUCGGGUCUUAGCAGGGAGGCAGUGCCUUUUGCAGUAGCACAUUAUGGAGACAAUCCAACAAAGGUGAAGGAGUUUGUUAAUGGCUACACGCUUCUUAGAGAAAUGGGAUUCUCGUCAAAGAACGUUUCCGAAGUUCUAAUUAUGUACGAAAAUGAUACGGACAAGGCAUUAGCACAUUUCCUUAAUGGGUCGUCCUGAAUGGAAGCAAUAGGUUGUCUAUAUGGUGAGAUAUUAGUUUGAAAUUAUUUAGUUCUUUGUAUUACACUGUCAUAUUUUGUCAUUGCAAGAUGGUUCUAUGUUUAUUAUAUAUUAUUUAUUUAUUUUGAAAUGUUAAAAGCUUGUAU